ACGAUAGCAAUAUAAUCUAAACGCAAUUUUUGGAAAGAAUAAAAAACAGCUUACACUAUGGAGAAGACGUCGAGGAUGCUAUUUCUUUUGAAUCUUUGCAUCAUAUUUGGGACUGUAGUAAUAAGAAGAUGCGACGCAACAACAUACUUUGUGGGGGAUAGCUCCGGUUGGGACAUAAGCUCCGAUCUUGAGUCUUGGACUUCAGGCAAGCGAUUCUCUCCUGGUGAUGUUCUAAUGUUCCAAUACUCAUCGACGCACAGUGUAUACGAAGUGGCUAAAAACAACUACCAAAGCUGCAACACAACAGACCCCAUCCGUACGUUCACGAACGGGAACACGACCGUUUCUCUUUCCAAACCGGGAGACCGGUUCUUUGUAUGCGGUAAUAGGCUCCAUUGCUUUGCUGGUAUGAGGUUACAAGUCAAUGUCCAAGGCAACGGCCCAUCUCAAGCCCCCGUUGGAUCUCCCCAAGCCGCCCCUGCAGGGAUUCUUCAACCUUCUUCUAAGAAGAAUAACCCUGCGACCGGAGUCGCUAGCUCGGCCGCCCGUUUUAACGGCAAUGGUUCUACCGGUAGUAUGGGAAUUUUUGUAUAUUUGAUGCUUUUUGCUUUUCCAUUCGUAUGGUCUUAUUGACUAGCAAACUAAGUAAUGUGUAUAUGUAUACAUAUUUUUCCUAAAUUAAAUACGUACGAGUGAGGAUAUUUGGUUCGGUUAUUUCUAAUUCGGUUCGGUUUAUAUAUUUUUGGUUGGAA